AUGGAUACAUCCUCUACAUCAUUCUAUCACAAGACGCCUAACGGCACAAACGUGCAUUUCACCCAAACAGGCAACCCAUCAGGCCCUCUCAUUAUUCUUCUUCACGGACUAGGUGGAUCGACCGAGACAUUCUGGCCAAUUCUACAGUCUCUGUCGCCAGAGAUCAACCGCCUGGCCUGCGUUGACUUCGAGGGAUUCGGCCAAACCACUUUGUCCUCGCCUGACACUACGCUUUCUCUUCCCCGAUAUGUCGACGACCUGGAACAUCUCGUGGCAUCUCUGCAAGACCCUCCUGGGGGCUUUUCCGGGAGGAAGUUGCUCUUCAUCGGCCACAGCCUCGGGGCUAUCGUCUCAAUGCACUACGCCUCGAGACACCCAGAUCAGGUUCGAGGUCUCGCCUUGCUUGGAGCAGGUCGCUCAGUCGCCCACAUUCCGGCUGCAAGAGAGCGAAUGCUAGGUCUAGCGGCCAAGACGCGCACAGAAGGAAUUCAAACUGCAGCGGAGAUAGCAGCUACCUCCAACUUCCCGUUACAAGGGACGGUUGAACCUGAGCUCCGCCAGAGCGUUCGGGAAGCAGUGGCCAGCUGUGAUGCCGAAUCCUAUGCCAGAGCAUGUGAAGCGAUCGCGGGUCUUGAUCAUCUGGAUCCGGAUUACAGCCUGAUCAGUGCUCCGACCUUGUUUUUGGCAGGAAGUGGUGAUAUCAUCUCUCCUCCAGAAAGAUCCGUGGGACUACAGGAGUUGACUGGAGACAAUGCGUGGGUGAUUAUCCUUGAUGGCGUUGGACAUCAGAUGAUUCUACAGAAUUUGGAGGGAUCCAUUGAAGCCAUCGAGACUCUUCUUGAAAAGGUCGACAAGUAG